AUGAAAACCAUCAGGAUUUUACUUGCUUUAAUUUUUAGUUUAUUUGUGCUAAUCGGAUUUGUCAGAUAUCUUUCAUAGCAUAAUUUUUAGGUGUAUAGAGAUUUGGUAUUCACAAGUAUUCCUACGAAUGAAGAUGCUCGCUGUUUGGAUGGAAGUUUUCCAGGGUAUUAUUACUCAGAAGGUAUUACUAAUAAUACCUUAAUUUACUUGAUUGGUAUGGGGAACUGUGCAGCUUCAACUGUUGAAGAAAUACUAGAAAACUGUUAUUAAAGAUCAUUUACAGAGAUUGGAUCUAAUAUUGAUAGACCUUCCAAGCUGCCUUCUGAACUAAUACAAGGAAUAUUUUCAGAUAAAAAUCCCAUAUUUGGGGACUGGAAUGUUGUUGUAGUCCCUGCUUGCGAUGGAGGCGUUUAUAUUGGGGAUAAGACAGUUACUUAUAAAGAUAAAUAAUUGUAUUUUAGAGGCUAAGGCUUAAUAAAAGCAAUUGUAAAUGAUUUAGUAUAAAAUAGAAAUCUGGAUUAAAAUAAAGAAGUUGUGUUAUCAGGAGGUUCUGCAGGAGCACUAGGAACUUACUAAUAUAGUAAUUAUUUGCAAAGGGUUUUGAAAAAUAGUCAAAUAAAAGCAAUUCCUGACUCAGGGUAUUUUCUUGAUUAACCUGAAUCAUUCCAUAAGACUUUACAAAUUUUUGGUGAAUUUUUGAAAAAUGAUGACUAUGCAACCAUUUUCCCAGAAUGUUAGUAUCAAUAUGGUGCAGAUCAAGAGUUUUAUAAAUGUUUAUUACCUGAAUACUCAUGGAAGUUCAUUAAUGUAGAUACUUUUAUUGUAGGUUCUCUAUAUGAUAUUUGGCAAUUUUAUAGUAUUUAUUAAUUCGAAUGUGUCAAUGACUUUAAUAAUUGUAAUUAAGAAACUCUUAAUUUUAUGGAUCUCUUAAAAGAUGAGGAAUAUAAUUAAGUAAGUGCGAUUUUAAAAUAAAAAACUAAUUGGGGAUCAUGGUUAGUUAGUUGUCCUUUCCAUGGUAUAAUUUAGAGUGAUUAUAUUUACGAUCCUAAAUUAGCUAUUCCCUCAGGUUCACAAUUCACAAUAUGGUAUACAAUCUAACAAUGGCUAGAAGGAAAAACGGGCACUCUAGUUUAGAGACUAGAUAGAGAUAAUUGGCCUAAUAAUUCAGGUUGUGCAAAUAUCUUUUUUGAUUGA